CCCUUCAAAUUCCCGCAACUUUUCAACCAAUCAAAAUCCCUCAAGUUUCAGAUCAUAUUUUCUGGCUCAAAUUAUACAUAACCCAGAUUUUUCUUUUCGAUUCUUUUCGGUUUUGGUGUCUGAAAACGCCGGUCAAUUGCCACUGCGUAUUUUUUUGUUUUUGUUUUUCUAGGUUAUUUUUUUAAUAAUUUUUUUUGGUAUUCUUAGCUUUUUCUCUGGGAGAUUCUGGUUGUGAUUAUGAAUAAUAACUGGAGAAGACAAAAAGGUGAAAUCCAUCAUCAAGGAAUGCAGGGGACAAGGUCAUACAGCCGAAAGCCAUCCCCAGCAACCUGGCAGCCUACUGUUCCUUCAUGGGAGAAGAAGUUUUGCAUUCUGGUAGGCUCUGUUCCGUGGCGGAAGCUUCUCGAAACCAAGAGAUCUAUGUAUCUUUAUGACAACGUAGUCCAGUGGAAUGACUCGGCUGGUGAGGAGGCAUUCCAUAAUGCUAAGAACCGAUUUUGGGCUGAGAUUAAUGGCCUUCCUUGUGACAUAAGACUCCCCGAUCCAGAUAGUUACAUUGAUAAAAUCGAUUGGGACUCAGAAAUUGAUCCCGAGCUGCUUCUGGACUUGGAGAGAGAGCCCACGGUCCCUGACGAGAAGGAUAAAAGUGAUCACGUUGUGAUUCUUGGUAAUUCUCUUCUUUUGAAUCAACCAUUUGUCUGUGGUGGUGGUUGGGGGGAUGCUGAAGAGGGUGCAGUGAAGGAGAAUAACAUGUCUUUGAAUUGGAGAAACAAUGACAACGAAAAUUCUUGGGAGCCCAAUAAUGGCUACAUGAAAGAUUCUGGAUAUGGGAAUUGUUGGAAUAACUCCUGGGAAUGGAACCAAAGGGGGAACCACUAUAAUGGUUGGGACAAUAACGACUCCAGCUAUGUGGACUAUAGUAGAACUGGAGAUUGGGGAACAUGGGAUGUUACUGGAAGAAAGAGAGUAGACGCUGAUCAGUACAUGUCGAGGUAUAAAACCACGAGAUUUCAUGAUGAUAACUCGCAUAAUAAACGAAGAUGGAGGAAUCCAAGGGGGAGGCAGAGGACAAAUUUUGCGAAUGAACAGCCAACUGUCAAUCAGACACAGUGGAACUCGGUGAAUUAUUGUGGCUGGGCCAAUUAAACCAUGAUGAAUUCGGCUGUGCACUAGAGACUAUGGAAAAUAGGAAGAGGCAAGAUUUGUAAGUAUAAAGGUAUAAGCAUAUAUAUAAUGCUGUAGAUGUAGGUAUCGAUAUUAUUUGAUUUGUUAUGUUUGGGAGUGGAUGGUGCAAACAAGGACCAAUUCAGCUUGGCGGAGCCCCUAUUAUGUUCAGUUUAUCUCGCAGUUUUGUAGUUUGUUUCUUUAGGUCUGUGUGAGGUUUUGAAUUCUAGUCUUUUGAGAGUGAUUGUUGCCUGAUAUGCUUGUUUAUGCAAACGUAUUGAUGUAUAUAUAUCAUUGGCAUUC